AUGCUUAUGUCUCGUGUGGUUUUAAUGAUUCUGGCAGUCUACUUGUCCGCCGUGCAAGGUCGCAGAGUAUGUCACCCAACCAACGCAACUAUAUCAGCCGAGAAAGAGGACUGUCCAAUGUGCAUCACCCUUACCACCACCAUCUGUAGUGGUUAUUGUGAGACUAAGGUGAGUCCACCUUUAAUGGCUACAAAUAGGAAACCAUGUUCUGCUUAAGCUGUGCAAAACCCCUGCUCUGUUACUAGACAUUUCCCUCUCUCUGCGAUGUAGAUUAGAGGUAUGGCUGUACUUUGGGCAUUUUAUAGUCAUGCUUCCCCUUUUACUUUGGGUAAACUCACCAGCAACUUGGGUUCUUGGAUAUUUCUGGUGGUGCCAGUGUGGGAUAGUUAAAAUUUUUUUAUUUUUUUUUUAAAUUGGCCAUGCUGUCAAUGUACAUUUCCCAGAUGUAGGGGUCGCAAGUUUCCCCUGCCUUUUGAGUGUUAUUGGAUACAACCAAGGAGGGAUAUUGUUCUUGUGUUAAUGAGCAGAAUUUAAAUUUUUUUUUGAGCUAUUGGAAAGUAAAUGUUUAAAAACUCUUCAAUAAGCAUAAUGUGCUCCCUUUCAAUUAUAGUUGCUUCGCAGAAUUAUAUUUUAAAUGACAUAGGCUUGACAUUAAAUGGGAAUCAGUACUUCAGUGUAUAGGGCUGAUGGCACAGGACAUAGGUGAAGAAGUGAGUGACAAGAGCAGGAGAAUCCUCCCACACUUGGUUCUCCUGCUCUCUUACACAGUGUCUCUGCCAAGCAUUUCUUGCACAUUGCUGGAUAAAUAUAGGUUCAGAUACCCUUGUGCUGGCAAUGAAGUCAGCUGUGGACAUCAUUGGGGGAGUAUUUUCCAUGGAUGUCCAAUCAAAAAGUUCAGGGCUCUUUUUUUUUUUUAUUUCAACUUGGUUUUGCCUCCACAAUCAGUAAUGUUUCCUUUUUUAACCAAUAAUAGAGCCAAAAGUUUUUAAGCAGGAAAGCUUAUUAGGUCUUGUGAGCUAUGCCCUUCAGGGUGCUCUCAACCAAUGCUUAGGAACUUUCAGCUCCACAGUAGAGGAAGCAAAGCCUGGCAAACACUCAAACCGUUCAAAAACUAUUUUAUUACUUGCGCGCAUGCAUGCGUGUCUCUCUCAAAAUGUUAUUUUGAGUGCUCAUUUAAUAAGGAAAUGCAAGGAGAGUACUAGAAAGGGGGUGGUCACUGUGACUAAAAGGUUGGGCUAGUAAUGGGAGAGGUAUGGAAACUAUGCAAGUGAAGAUGUUACAGCAACGAGGGAGGGGACAGGGUGUGUAGACAAGAGAACGGUGUUGAGAAAGGAAAGACCUAAAGUCUGAGGUGGCCAAGUGCAUGCAGACAGAGCACUGUGGGUGGGACAAGGUAAAUGACUAAUCAUUCUGAGGACUGAGGGUUUAAACACUGCAGGAAAGAAUAUUGCACGCAUGUAUUUCCUAGAAAAUAUAUUAGAAAUGACUAGCAUGUAUUGAUCUGUGAUGCAAAACUAAAGACUGUACACUAGAUAAUGUGCGAUAAUAAUAGUGGCAUUGAUACUCAUAACUUUCUACGUCUGACUUGCAACUUUUGUGAGCUGUAAUUUUAGAUGAUAUAAACCAGACUGUUAAACAUGAAUCUUCCAGCUGCUGUACUAAAAGGUUAGCCAACACUAAAUUAGAGGUCAUGAAUGUAGGUGUCUGUACCAAAAGGGGUGCACAGCUAACAGCUGUUUUUAUUUCACCAGGAAUUUGUACUCAAGACACCCCUAUCCACACUGAGGCAGAAAGUUUGUACCUACAAAGAAAUUCGAUACGAGACCAUCAAACUGCCCAACUGCCUGCCGACCACUGAUCCAUUCUUUACGUAUCCCGUGGCUGUGAGUUGCGACUGCGGUUCGUGCAAAAUGGAUUACAGCGACUGCACAGUCCAAAGCAUAGGGCCAGCCUUCUGUUCUAGCAACGCCAUACUCAUAUAA